AGAGAAAGAGACCAUGUAAAACACACUGUUGAGUGGACUUAAGGUAUUUACAACCGUGUCAUUGUGGAUUUGAGAUGAAACAGCGCUGAAAGACUCAAAGUUUCCUCCGUUGGAGUUUUGCGGGUGAUCGUGAUGGAGAAGUGUCUGUGGUGCACCACCUCCCUGGAGGCAGAGGGUGACGCAGCGAUAGUCACCAUGCUGAGUCACUACAGCUCAGGACGGCUGUCUGAGAGAGAGAUGGACUCUCUGAAUGAAGACCUCGGCUGCUGUCUGGAGUGUGUGGUGGAGUACCAUCGAGCCAGAGACAAGGUCCCUGAUCUGCACAAGCGUUUGUGGGAAAUGGAGAAGGCUCGACUUGUGCAUUUGUUGGGAACCAUUCUGGACAAGGAGCUGGAGGAGGACGAUAUCUUUAUUAUCGAAGAUGAUCAUGUGGAGCCAGUGUCGAAGAUCUUGCCUGCAGAAUUCCACGACCGUCUCCGUUCUCCACUGUUUGAAGUUCUGAAGUAUCCGUACUUGCUUUGCUACCGUGAUCUGUGUGAUUUGGUGGUAAAGGCCUUGUGUAAGUUACAGGAUAUGAAGCAGUCUUUGUCUGUGUUCGAGAAGUAUCAAGGAAUAUAUCUGCUUCUCGUUCAUCCCAACGAACAGGUGCGCCGCUGGGCAAUCGAUACAGCAAAGACCAUGAAGAGUGUGGACAGGGAUGCCUACUAUGACCUUCAAGAGAUUUUCUCCUGCAUGUUUUAUGUCAUUGAGCUUGGAAUGUCUUUGAACUUUCCAGAUUUGGAUCAAGAGUCUUAUGCACGGGGCGUCAUACAAACGCUCCCCUCUCACCUCUAUGACUCGCAAAACAAGAAGAACUACUGGCUAGGUAUCUGUAUGUUACUAACGCAGCUCAGUGCGGAGGCAAUGGACUCUCUGUUCAUGGGACAGAUUAACAUACCGCUUUGCAUACUCAACACAAUGGAUGGGUUGAAAAAUGAGGAUAACCCAGCUUCUGACCCAUUCUGGCCAGCCCUCCACUGUUUUAUGGUAAUUCUGGACCGACUUGGUUCUAAGAUCUGGGGUCAGGUUGACCCUAAUACAGCAUUCCAGACAAUCACCGGAGCAGCCAGCUAUGUUGCGGAAAUUAGAAGCAUCCGGCAAAAAACCAUGGGUCAUGUGUUUAACUGUGAUUUGGUGGUAAAGGCCUUGUGUAAGUUGCAGGAUAUGAAGCAGUCUUUGUCUGUGUUCGAGAAGUAUCAAGGAAUAUAUCUGCUUCUCGUUCAUCCCAACGAACAGGUGCGCCGCUGGGCAAUCGAUACAGCAAAGACCAUGAAGAGUGUGGACAGGGAUGCCUACUAUGACCUUCAAGAGAUUUUCUCCUGCAUGUUUUAUGUCAUUGAGCUUGGAAUGUCUUUGAACUUUCCAGAUUUGGAUCAAGAGUCUUAUGCACGGGGCGUCAUACAAACGCUCCCCUCUCACCUCUAUGACUCGCAAAACAAGAAGAACUACUGGCUAGGUAUCUGUAUGUUACUAACGCAGCUCAGUGCGGAGGCAAUGGACUCUCUGUUCAUGGGACAGAUUAACAUACCGCUUUGCAUACUCAACACAAUGGAUGGGUUGAAAAAUGAGGAUAACCCAGCUUCUGACCCAUUCUGGCCAGCCCUCCACUGUUUUAUGGUAAUUCUGGACCGACUUGGUUCUAAGAUCUGGGGUCAGGUUGACCCUAAUACAGCAUUCCAGACAAUCACCGGAGCAGCCAGCUAUGUUGCGGAAAUUAGAAGCAUCCGGCAAAAAACCAUGGGAUCCAGCAGUGGUGUUUCCAGCAACUAUGUGAUCUAUGAGGAUAUGCAGUCCCUGGUCACCGUGCUUGAUUCUGAAAUGGGCCAGAGCAUGCGUGUAUACGGAAGCACUUUUCUGUGGUUCAUUCCAUUUGUCCGUUCCAUAAUGGAACUUCCAGAGCUCAACGCUUCCUAUAUUAGUGAAGUCAUCCACUAUCUUUGUGAUAAGAUACGAGAAAAUCGGCACAUGCUAACCGGACAGAUGAGUGUGUGCGAUAAAGUGACCGAGUUCUUCACUCGUAUCCUUAUUCAGACUGUUGAGCUACACUCUACUGAAGGACGAAUGGGAAUACUUUCUCGCUGUGCCCACAAGUGGGUGGGAGAGAUUGUCUUGUGCAUCAUCCAAUCAGAUGAAACACAUGGACCACCAGACAGGAUGGGUGGGAUUCACGGAGUCAGUUCAACCUCAUACAACCUUGGGAUAGUUGGAAGAUUGCCUGCAUCUGGAGGAGGCAAUGGUGCCAUAAUUGCUGGCUGCAUGAAACUGAUUCGACUGCUGCUGAAAGAAGGGAUAAGGAGAUCUGUCCCAAGCGCGACCCACUUUUUGAAUUUGCUUAACAAGCAGUUGCGUGGAGUUACAAACAAACGAUGGAAUCUAACACGUUCUGAAUCUAAUGAGCUUCAGAAGUGUUUGUUAAGAGUUGUCCGGUCGAUGCCAGAAAGACCUUCUUCUCCACUCCCACCACCAUGUGCACCAUCAGUGGAGGCAGCUACAAACACUGUUAUUUCCAGAAAUUCAGUGCCAACCCUAAAUCAGAAACAACAUGAGGACCAGGAGGCAGGUCCGAGCAGAGCAGGAGAUGAAUCUGGUUUUAUCAAAGAGGAGUCAGUUUGGAAUUAUAGAAAUUGGAACUUGGAUGAGGAUUUGUGCAGCGGUCUUGAGGAUAUCAUAAAGGCUAAGAAGGAAACCCUUGAUCCAGUGUCAAUUUCACAGCUGAGUCCAGUUGUUCAGUUGGAACGCAUUAAACCAGAUCUGGGAAAAGUGCAGGAAAUUCGAUCCAGAUUAAAUGAUAACCAGAAUUUGUCAAAGAUCAAAGCCAUUGCCAAACAAAAGCCUAGUGAGUCCUUAAAAUCAGCUAAAGAGGAAUGUGGUUUUGGAGCUGCUGAGGAGGAGGAGGAGGAGGAUGACGAUGAACCCCUUGAUAUCAAACUGGUUCGUCUGACAAAAUCUAUCCACAACGUUGAAUCUAGCGACUCCGAAGUUGACAGUAGUGCUGUUGGAAAAACUUGUAACCGGUCCAUUGGCACCUCAAAGGAAAAUGUGGAGUCCAGUACCAUUGUUAUCUCUGAUGAUGAUUCUGAUAAUGAUGAAAGGCCAAAUGACAUCCUGAGGUCUCCAGAAGUUUGUGUCUUGUCUGAGAGCCCCAGUCGUGAUUAUGAUGAUCUCAGUGAAUCACAGGUCUUUGAGUUUGAGACCCAGCAAUAUGUGGCGUCUGCCUGGGAUGAUUCCGAUUUUGAUGCGUCAGACUUGACGAAGAAGCCCAAAUCGGACCAACUACUCAAACCACAGGUGGAUGAAGCUCCUCAUGAAGCAUCUCCAUCAAGUUCAGAGACCGAACUAAUUCCAGAUGAAGACAUUGAGAGGGCUUGUCAGCAAGCAGAAGAUAAGAUCAGAGAACAGCAGCAGCCACAAGAGCCAGUGGAUUCAUGUGCAUCAUCACUGUCCAAAGCAUCCAGUACUGCAGAAAGCUGGGAUAAAUUUGCCAAACCAAAACUGGUUAAAAGCACAAAAACAACUCCAUCUGAUAAGAAACAGCCUAAAAAGCCAUUGAUAAUUGAUGCCCUUGCUCAAAAAAUCAGACGCCACCAUUUGAAACGUAGCUCCACAUCUCAGGACGUAGAGGAACCUUCCUCUUCAACUACUCCAUCCUCAUGUGGUAUAUCAUCUUCCUCUCCAUCCUGCAGCUCUGUUUCCUCACAUUAUUUUUCUGCCCCCAGUUCAAGUGAUACCCCUGCGAUUGUUCCCCCAAAGAAGGUGCGUAAGGUUGCUGAGCCAGAAUCAACAGCAGAGCGUUUGGGAUUAAAAAAGAAGGAAAGGAAAGCUUUUGAACUUUCUCAGCGCUCCCUGGAUUGUGUUGCUAAAUUGAGGUGCCAUGGUCAGAAAGUGCAGGUGGAACCACAACAGAAGACAAGGCGAGUGCGUCGAGCCACUAAGACUUCUCCACAGAAACGUAUAGUAAAAGGCAACAAGAAACUUCUGGGAUCACAAGAUAUUCAGUUUUUCAAGCAAAGUCGUGAGAAGCAUCAGAGGCCAGCAACAGGAGCCAUCAUGACAUUAGCUCCCAAACCAGCAAAGAUCAAUCAGCCAGGUGAAGUGCACUUACCGAAACCUACAGUUGCAAGCAGCGGGGCUGGUGAUAUCUUUCCCUGUCCUCAGCCAGAUCCUGACCAUCAGCGGGAUAAUGAAAAGGCUUCAUCAGGAACCAGUUCUACAGGUGAUGGGGCUGGAAAUAAUAAAAGAAUAGAAUCCAAGUACUUCCAAGCCAGUGAGACUGCUGAUGUCAACAUGGAAAAAGAAAAACCUACUCAGGAGGAUGAUGAAGAAUGGAUGUUCCUCAGUCAGAUGGAACCCACCGACAUGGAACUGUGCUCUCAAAUGGAGCAGUUUGAUGAAGAAAAUGAGGAAGAACUCUUUCUUACCCAGAGAGAUCCUAUUGACAUGGACAUUGAUACAGAUAGUGAGUCAGAUACCCCAGGGCCAAGCUUGACACCUAAACCUAUUCAGACUCCUAUUGGUGGAAAUGAUCAUUUGUUCGUGAAGCCUGGCAUGUCACCUAUGUCUCAGAAAAAGGCCAAACCUUCUACCACAAAAAUAUACACCCCCAGCUCCCGCAGUGCCUCGCUUGUCCUUGAAAUGGAAAAAAAAGCCAAGCCUCCUCCUGCUGCGAAUGUUGCGAAAGCGAAGAUUCCCCGACUGCCCCCAGCAAUGCCACCUCCAACCCGACUGCCCCCAGCAAUGCCACCUCCAAAAACAUUUCAACCUCUCCAUCCUCCACAACUCCCAAAGCCACUUCCUUCACAACAUGCUCCAUAUGCUCCCGAGUUGGUCACUAGUUCUAAAAUAAGCUCCACCUCAGAGCCACCAUCUUACAAGGUAUACCAAAGACCUGAGGCUCCAGUUAACAAACCAGUACCCACGAUGGAUCAAAGCCCGAUGUUUGACCUUUCAAUCUUGACCCAAGCAAUCCUUAAAUGGGAAUAUAGGAUGCUUGACAACUACAAAGCAUUUGGGAGUCCACAUGAUCUGUGCCAGCUACCGCUGAAGAAAGUGCCAGUUCAGUUUCCUAGCUACCUGGAGUACUUCAACACCUUUUACCCCCUGCUGCUAAUUAAUGCAUUUGAAGAGAUGGCGAGUGAAUGGCUCAAAGAGGGCAGAGUCAAGCUUAACCUAACAGUCCAGGGUAUAGAAUACAGCAAUCGCACAGCUAGUGCCAGCUUCACAGCAAACAUUUCUCAGGAAACUGAUAUAAAACAACUGUACCCAAAAGAAGAUGACCUUGUGCUACUUUGGUUGCCUGACAACACUGGGUCAUAUGCCCACGAUGAACCUAAUUUCCAUGAACCACAUCCUCAUUUUGGCUAUGUGUCUCGGUCCAGUGUUUCCAACAGAGGUUCCAGGCCAAUUCUAAACUUGACGAUUCAGACACGUAGUAAUAUAUCUUCGGGGAAUUCCCAACCUGUGCUCUGUGAAGUUAUUGGAUCAUUGAUCAGCAUAUUCCGGGAGUUCCGUGCACUGUGUUUGCUGCGGAAUGGACCAAUGUUGCGUCCUCUUCUUGCUCCACAUGUGUCUUAUUUCACGCACACUCUGGAUAGCCCACCGGACCUGGAUUCACCAGAGUUCAACAGGGACCAAGCAAGAGCAAUAGCUUGCGGUCUUGCCAUGAUAAACAGAACACAGAAGACCCCAAAAUUUCUCCUUAUCCAUGGUCCUCCAGGAACCGGGAAGAGUAAAGCAAUUGGUGGCCUGUUGUACAAACUAUUAUCUUCGGAUACUAACAGUGCUGCUCCUUCGGGGAACCUUCACUCCAAGUCUCGACGGACACGAGUUCUUCUCUGUGCUCCCUCUAACGCUGCCAUCGACAGUCUGAUGAAGAAAGUCAUUUUGAUCUUUAAAGAGAAAUGCCGAAACAUCAAUGCACCUCAAGGUAACUGCGGUGACAUAAACCUGGUACGAUUGGGAAGUGAAAGGACCAUCUCGAAGUCACUAAAACCUUUCAGCCUCGACCACCAGACUAAAGCUAGAGCACAGCGAGCUCAGCAAACUGCAGAAGCUGACAUACACAGGCGGAAGGAGCAACUGGAACAAAUUGUUGAAAAUCUCUCCCAGCGAUGUGCAAAAACCAAUAAGGAUUCUUUUGAGUUCAAGACGUUGAUGGAGCAGAAGAUGCAGCUUCUGAAAGAGAGAGAAGGACUGAGUCGGCAGAUUAAAGAGUGUCGCAGCAGGCGACAGGAGAGUCAAGCUCUUGUGCUGCAAAACGCUCAUGUGAUCUGCUGCACGCUCAGCACCAGUGGAAGUAUUGUCCUCGAGAAUGCCUUCCGUCGUCUCGGACAUGAACCAUUUAGCUGCGUCAUCAUUGAUGAGGCUAGUCAGGCUAAAGAAACUGAGACUCUGAUCCCCAUGCUGUACCGAAGUGCUGCUGUAAUCCUUGUCGGUGAUCCCAACCAGCUUCCACCAACAGUUGUCUCUCAGAAAGCAAAGGAGUUUGGCUACGACCAGUCUCUUAUGGCACGGUUAUGCAAAAGUCUUUAUCAGUCAAACCCGCAACUCUCUCCAAUCCUCCUGCUCAGCGUGCAGUACCGCAUGCACCCGGACAUCUGUGAAUUCCCCUCCAAGUACAUCUACAACAGCGCUCUUAAGGAUGACUGUGAGACCGCUCAGAAACGCUGUUCCCUCAGCUGGCCCUUCAAGCCCUACAAAGUGUUCGACGUGACGGAUGGGAUAGAGAAGAAGGAGAGAGAUUCAUUUUCCAAUCACAAAGAAGUCAAGCUGGUCUUGCUGCUGUUGAAGCUGCUGGGCGAGAAGCAGUCAGUGCGAGUGGGCGUCAUCACACCCUACAACGCCCAGAAACGACGCAUACUGGAUGCCGUCAGGGGUUCAGGCAUCGACAACAAGCAACUUCAGGUUGAAGUCGAUACAGUCGAUGGCUUUCAGGGCAGAGAAAUGGACUGCAUCAUUGUGUCUUGUGUGAGAGCCAGCAGUGAAAUGGGCUCCAUUGGGUUUGUUGGAAAUCGGCAGAGAAUGAAUGUAACCAUCACCAGAGCCAGAUUUAGUCUCUUUAUACUGGGACAUAUACGCACACUCAGGGAACAAAGUGAUUGGGGAGCAUUGAUUGAGGACGCUUGGAUACGUAAAACUAUCAUCAAAACAAUGCAAAACGAUUUUGAAAGGGACGCCCAGCAGAUUCUUAAACAAGAACGAGAGCCGCCGACCCGCAGUCUCUCUUAUCCCCCAGUCGGGAAACCAAGCCCUGUGACCUCACCUGUUACGGAUGCACCUGUGGAAACAGACCCCGCCCCUGCGCCCCACCCUCAACGUGACAUGAGCAACGUACCUAUGCCACGGCUAAUACCCUUGGAAUGCCCUAAUAACCCACAGAUGAGCGACAGGCCCACAGACCCACGGUUUGCAGAGCGCCGGCCAAUCAGAGAACAGAGACCGGACAGAGAUGGGCGGGGCUUACCAGAGUCCCGCCACUCAACAAACAGAUCUAAUUCAUAUGAAGCCGACUCUAGAAGUCCUGGCCAGUCUUCCAGAUACUCUUCAAAACACCGCGGUUCUUCACCGUCAAGACGACACAGGAGAUAAAUGAAUUAUCCCUGUUUUUAUGUCAUUAAAGCUUCACAGCAAUGCAUUCAGGGAGAGAUUUUUCUUCAUGUCCUCUUCUCCAUGUUUUGAGAACACACUAUGUACAAGGGUCGUCGUUAAACGUCUCUUUCUCAGGCAUUGGCUUAACAAUUAUCUUGACAAAUUAGUUUGAUGGCAGUGCUUACUGCUUACCUAAUCUCUGUCUAAGCGUAUUUUGCUGCUAAAUGAACAUUUAAAGAACUAUUUUUUGCAUGAAGAGGGAUGUUUUGUUCCGUACAACAGGCUUUGGGUUUUUGGACCUUGUGCUCGUCUCCAAAAAAUAUAUAUUAAUGCAAUAACUGCACUUUCUAAAGCAGUCGGACUUGCUCAAAAAUAAAAAAUUUUUGGUGUUUGAGGCUGUAUAGUUUGUCACUUAUUUGAAUGUCACAUUGAUUUAAAGAUUUUUGCAGGGAUGGAUUCAGUGUGUAAAUGUGUUGUGCAUGAAUGCAGUGCCGUUUGUGUUUCACUGGUUGUUUUAUACUGACUUUUGACAUACUGGAUUAUUUUUGAUUGAGCCGACUGUUAGAAUAGUUUUUUUUUUUUUUUUUUUUCAGGUAACUUUGAUUAUAGUCACUAUUAUUCUGGAGGAGGAGUUAAAGAAGGCCAA